UCAGGGAGAGGCGGGAAUACACAGAGCUCGAGCACAUUCAGCACAAGAGGCGGGAGAUGAAGUGUUUCUGCAAGAGCCAAAGCGCAAACCGGAGCACCACGCGCUGCACUUUCAAACCGACCAGCGCAGCUCGCUCGCUGCUCCGCCGUCCGCUCCUCUAUCAGACCCACGGGACUUCACUGGUUCAUCCCUAACCGGACAGGCUCAGCUCAUCCGACCGGGAGACUGGGCGAACCCAGGAGUAGGGGGACACUGAGGUGGAGGGGGGACAUGCUCGCUCAGCAACCCAGCAAAGUUUCUCCGAGGUGGGCCAAGCUGUGACAGAGGGCCUCUCUGGUGAGCCAACCCGCAACCCUGACCGCACCAGCAGGCCUCACUCCCAGUCCUAACUACUGUGUGUGCCAGGACCAGGCCACCUCCAGCCCAGGCCAGACCACGUCUACCCCAGGCCAGCCCAGAGUGGGUCAGCCCCAGCCCAACCCACCUCUUCCCCAGCCCAGUAGCGGCCCAGGCCCAGGCUCCAGAAGCAUGGCCUUCACCCUGUCAGAGAUCAUGGCUGCGCGGCGGCAGCAGCAGUCCCAGGCCCAGCGGGCAGCAGGCAGGGCAGCCGUGGAGGUGGAUGAAUAUAGCACCAACCCCACCCAGGCCUUCACCUUCUACAACAUCAACCAGGGACGCUUCCAGCCCCCGCACGUACACAUGGUGGACCCCCUGCCCCAUGACACUCCCAAACCGCCAGGUUACACCCGUUUUGUGUGUAUCUCAGACACCCACUCCCGUACGGACGCCAUUCAGAUGCCUUACGGUGACGUGUUCAUCCAUGCUGGAGACUUCACAGAGCUGGGCCUGCCCUCUGAGGUCAAGAAGUUCAACGAUUGGCUAGGCACCUUGCCCUACGACAUAAAGAUAGUGAUUGCGGGGAACCAUGAGUUGACCUUUGACCAGGAGUUCAUGGCUGACCUGAUCAAGCAGGACUUCUACUACUUCCCAUCAGCCUCCAAGUUGAAACCAGAGAACUAUGAGAACGUCCAGUCCCUGCUCACCAACUGUAUCUACCUGCAGGACUCAGAGGUCACCGUACGCGGCUUCCGCAUCUAUGGCUCCCCCUGGCAGCCAUGGUACUAUGGCUGGGGGUUCAACCUGCCAAGAGGUCAGGCUCUGCUGGACAAGUGGAACCAGAUCCCCGACUCCACCGACAUACUGGUCACACACUGCCCCCCACUGGGGUUCCUGGACUGGGUUCCUAAGAAGAUGCAGCGGGUGGGCUGUAUGGAGCUGCUCAACACUGUCCAGAGGAGAGUACAGCCCAAGCUGCACGUGUUCGGACACAUCCACGAAGGUUAUGGUAUGAUGACUGACGGCACCACCACGUUCGUCAACGCCUCGGCCUGCACCGUCAACUUCCAGCCCAUGAACCCGCCCAUCGUCUUCGACCUGCCCAAUCCCACCAGGACCACAUGACUAGAGAAGCCCCGCCCUUCUAAGCCCCCCUCCAAUCAGGAGCCUAGUGGUGGGAAGGCAGGUAGGUGAGGGUGAAGGGCAGGUGUGGUGGUGUACUGUAUAUAUUCAAGGCUCUAAUGGAUGCUGUGUGUGUGUGUGUGUGUGUGUGUGUGUGUGUGUGUGUGUGUGUGUGUGUGUGUGUGUGUGUGUGUGUGUGUGUGUGUGUGUGUGUGUGUGUGUGUGUGUGUGUGUGUGUGUGUGUGUGUGUGUGUGUGUGUAGCACAACACACACACACAUGCCCAAGUGAUGGACGAUGUGUGUGUCUAAAUAGACAGGCGCCAUUGCAAAUCCUCACUUAGCAGAUCCAUUCAUGUUAUUUUAUGUACUGUCAUUCCUUUAUUUCAACAAAAGCUCUUGCAAACUCUAAAAUAAGGCAAAAUACAGACCCCAGAUGCCUCAUAUGAACAUGUCAGCAUUAGUCUGUAAAUCUUCUGUUGCACUUCUACUGCACUGACAAUCCUGGCUGUCAGAUAGAGAAGAGGACAGGGGGAACAGUGUCUCCUGUGUCACUGUUUGAACUCACAGUCUUUCUCUCAGAAGAAGACACUGGAUAACUCUCAUUCUCUCUUGUUCCUCAUAGAGGACUCUGUUAAGUCACCAGUGGAAGUUGCUCAGUGGUGACGUUUUGACAUUGUGGUCCACCCUUCAUUUGAGACCUUCCCUGAGGAGUGAUUGAACACUUACCAGUAGGGUAUCAGAACAUUAACCCAAUGUCCAUUUUUGACUUUGUGGAGCUGUUUGCCAGCACAGAAAGGAUACCCCUGACAGUACUCUGAUACCACACUUCCUGCACUGCUGAUUAGAAAACUGCUUUCCCCUCAUCCCUUUUUCUCUUGAUCCCUCUUUUUCUUUGCACCUCUAGUUUCACUCUCCACCCUCUCUCUCUCUCCCUCUCUCUCUCCCUCUCUCUCUCUCUCUCUCUCUCUCUCUCUCUCUCUCUCUCUCUCUCAGGCCUUGGGCAUGGUGGUUUGUGUGUGUGUGUGUGUGAGAUCAAAGUGUGUGUGAGGGCAGCGGGAGGUCUCUGCCACGGGCUGUGUGUGAGUAUAGGUGUCAAACGUGUUGACACCACUCCCCUGGGUCUCAUUACAACUCUCAGUAAGCCUCUUAACCAGGGGAGAUGGAUCUCUUCUCUUCCUCUCUUCCCUUCUUCUGUUUUUCCCCCUCUCUCCUUCUUCCCCCCUCCAUCCUUCGUUGCAUGUGUAAUCAGCUCAUCCUCUCAUCUCUGGCUCAUGUGCCGUGAUCCUGACAAGUUUAUUUCCGAGGUCACCGGCCGGGAAGCCUUCAAGAUUUUGAUUCCGAGUACGGAAUACUGGAAAUACGUAAUAACCAACAGAGCGGAUUGGCAAAUGUGUUCGCUCCCGACCCUGUACAGAAGCAGCGGUGUCUGGAAUGAUCUCACUGCUCCAUGGUGUCCUUUCUGCGAGAGAUGUAUCAUGGGAAUGAACGUUGAACUCUUAGUGGAUGACGAUGAGGUGUAGGCCUAAUGUACCGUAACUGAUCAAGAAGUUGGAACUGUAAAUCUACAUCACCUGUCAUUGUAAAAACAUGUUAGCAAUCAAGGAUUACUUCAAAUGUUGUUAAAUAUGUGUGUGUGUUGUUUAAAAAAAGAGCCAGUGCAAACAAUGUUUACAUUUUAUUCUAAGUUCAGGUCUUUCUUAUAUAGGCUAAUAAAUGCUCAUUACUGUAUAAAAAUAUCUGCACUAUGUUACACUCUAAAAAAUGCUGGGUUGUUUGGUUGACUCAACUGCUGAGUUGUUUUCUUUAAAAACUGCAGAGUUAUUGAUGCUGGGUUAUUGGUGCUGGGUUAUUGGUGCAGGGUUAUUGGUGCAGGGUUAUUGAUGCUGGGUUAUUGAUGCUGGGUUAUUGAGAUAUGACCCAGCAGGUCAGGUCAGAAGACUGGAGGUGUAGUUUAGUAGGGGCAUGGCUUUCAGAUAGUUAUUUUUAACCACCCAUGCGAGUAAAUGUCAUUCGUAUUCAUCUGUUCGGUUGCAUAGUUAUGACAUAUUAAGGUCAAACAUUUAACAUUUUGUAGCUUCAACGACACUUACAGAAGUGUAUAAGUUCCCUAAAACCUACGUAAAUCCUAUUGUUGGGACACAAUAAGGUGGUAUACCUUAUUAGGCAGUAAGAUGGUAUACCUUAUAUUAAAUAAUCUUAACAUUACAAAAGAAUGUGUGAAAAACAUGUUAUUGACAUUUAAAUUUGCAGUAUGUAUGUUUAAAAUUAUGUACAGGAAUGAAAUUUACUCUCUGAAAACCACGCCCCUAAUAAAUCACACCUCCUGAAAAUAACCUAGGUUACGUUAAAAAAGACCCAGAUGCUAGGUCAACCCAGCAUGAGAGUAAACAAUACCCAACUGAUGGUUACAUUAACCCAUGUUUGUGUUUCCCAACAACCCAACAUGUUGGGUCAUUCAUGCAACCCAACUGGCUUUGCCAAAAUAACCCAACAUGUGUUCUGGCCACUAUUUAAACAGCUCUAAAUUUAAUAUAAUUGUUUUGAGUGCACGGGGUUAUCCACAACCCGUGUAGCUAUUAUUAACUCUUUCAUGUUGUCAAGCAGUUGUCUGCGUAAAAAGGGUUAAUUUUUUAUCUUUCUGAAGCACUUGUGAAUGAGCGUCCUUCCUCUGCUCGUCUGGCAGCCAAAGUCUUUGGUUGGCUAGCUGAGCUCAAAGUGUGGUCAGCAUAACAAGACUACAUCCCUGUUUGAUCUCUCUGCUCUCAGACAUUAUAUAUGAACAUCCCCUCUGGCUACGUUUUAUUCACAGGGUCACUGGUGUUUCACUGCUGUUCUGCACAUUGUGCUAGCUGGGUUAUGUCUUAAUGGGGCAGACUAGUGGGCUGUUGUAGGAAUACAAAGACUAGGAUAGAAUGUUUACAGAUAAGUAUGUGUGAAUACUGUAUGUGUGUGUGUAUGUGUGCGUAUACCUGUGUGCGUGUGGAUAGGGCCAGGGGGUAAGCAUUCUGAGAACAUGCUUAAACGAGGGGGGGAGUCAGUGUCUGUAUCAUCUUCUUUUCUUUUAAAGGUUUCUGUAGGGGGAAAUGUCUGUUUGUUUUGGGGCAUUUCUUACUAUUCUCUUUCAACCAUAACUUUGAAAUGUCUCAUUUUUUAUGCACUGUUCCUCGAUAGCUGUAUUCUGUAUUUCCUGUUUUCUUUGAAAACUCAAGUUGUGCUAUUGUAUUUCUUGUUCGUUCCUUGGGGCAUGCUGUUCUGAAUCUAAUAACUUCUGAUGACAAUCUGCUUGUAUUGUAUAUCGUUGUUACCAUUGUUUGGGAUAUACUAACUAUUGGGAUUUUUUUAUUGCUUUAAUGAUGUACAAUAUUUUUUAAUGUGAAAAGAAGAAAAAUCCAACCAUUUUAGAAUGGUAUUGAAUAAUUGUUGCCCCUGGAGACAACUCUGUAAAUGUAAAAUACCUUUCUUAAAACUACCUGCUUCUGGUUUUCUGAGAGAUUAUCUACACAAAUUGAAUUAAACCUUAUCUGUGA